CUUUGCUCCGGCCGAAAUCCUACUCCAAGGAGAGAGGUACAAGCUGGUCUGUGAGAUGGAACGUUGCGAACCACGAGGAAACCGCAUUGUUGGAAGGCUUCUCUAGUGUGGACCUCCGAGCUUACAUGUUCAUACGUAUAGAGGUCACAUCCAUCCUCAAUACCCUCGAGGAAUGCACACAAAUGUCUCAUACUACUUUUUCUCUUGCUACUGCUGUGCGCAUCUGAGCUCCUGGCUUCGUGGAUGUGCAUCCAAUUCUCUUGAGAACAGCGUCGGUGACUGCCACGGCUACGCAUCAAGGGGAAGAAAGUUCGAAGCUUCACAAAUUCGGCUCCUGCGCCAGUAAGUUCGCAUAGGAUAUUUGUUGAUACGGAGUCAUCUUCGACCCAUUCGAAGAGCGGAAGAUGUGACAAGCCUAGGCUGCUUUGUUUCGGAAUCGAACCGGACCGCAAAAGGCCAUUAACCCCCAACGUUAACGUCACCCUGUCAUCUAGAAGUGGGGUGCUAUCGUGGAAGCGGGAUAACGAUGGGUGGCGGUGAAAAGAUUUU